AUGGAAACCUCACUCCCUCUAGCCACUGAUAGCUUCUCGUAUGGUUGGUUAUCAAACUGCAAACCCCUUGCAAAUGACCAUCAGGAGCCUCUAAGAGAAUCUACCUACAACUCCCCAUUAAUGGAAGAAUGGCAAAACUUCAAUUUUGAUAUUUCCUUCACUCGCUCCCCUGCUGUUCUUGCUCAUGCUGAUGAAAUUUUCUCUAAUGGCCUUAUCAAACCACUGUUUGUUGGCCCUUCUAAGUUAGACUCCGCACAGCAAUCCAAGCCUAUUUCUUCCUUUUCUUCUAGAACUGUUUCUCCAAAAACCCUGCAAAUUCAUCAUGGUUUUCUCACAAGGUGGAAAACAUCUACACGUAGAACCUUGAGAAACCUUUCUAGGUAUGUCAACCAACUAUGCCAGAGAGUUGGAAGCUCAAGGAAAAGUACUAAAGUUGAUGAUUUUGAUAAGGAAGAGUGGCUUGUUAAUAGCUGGAGCAGUUCACACCAAGCAUCUCCAAAAUCAAGCACUAUCAACCCAAUUGGUGCUUUGCAUGAUCAUGAGAACUCAAUCUAUGAAGCAGUCCUCCACUGCAAAAGAUCAAUAGAGCUUCCUGAGAAGGGUGAUAGCUGA